AUGCCAAGUUUAUUUGAUACUAGUGUUCCCUGUGAACCUAGUAUCAAAUCCGUGAGUGGAUCUCACGAAUAUCCGUUUUUCCAAGAAGACAGCCCUGCUGUUAUUGCCGCUGCUGCUGACUUGCCCUCUUUGAAACCUCCUGUUGUUGGUGAAUGUAUCUUUGGUAAAUUCAUCAAGGAGGAAGAGGAGAAGGAGCCCCUGCCCUCUCUAGAAUUUGAUUUCCCAGGAGAAGGUGAUGCGUCCCCGGAGGUCAGUGCUGCACUGGUCGAUGCCUUUUUCUCUUCGAGUGCUGACUCCACGCCGAUGUUUGAGUACGACAACGUCGAAGACCAGAACCCUGAGAAGCAAUGGACGUCGCUGUUCGACAAUGACAUCCCCGUCGUGACCGAGGAGGAUGUCAUGUUUACUGACAAAGCCGUUGUCGAGACUGCUGUCCUUGAGGAGGAGCAAGUCGAGGACGAGAAGCCGCAGGUGACCUCGUUUUUGCCCACGCCUGUGAUUGAGGAUGCGCCUCUGAUGCCAAAGAAGGCCUCUGCGGGCCGUGUGGCGAAGGCCGGCAACGAGAACGAGAAGAAGGACCACUUGGGUGUUGUCGCGUACCAUCGGAAAUCGCGUUGCACGCCGCUGACCCCCGUGAUUCCUCACUCUGGCGACCCAGUUUCUUUGAAGCGUGCUAGAAACACUGAGGCCGCGAGGCGGUCUCGUGCGAGAAAGUUGCAACGUAUGAACGAGCUCGAGGAUAAAGUCGAGGAUCUGUUGAAGAGGAACGGUUCCUUAGAGAACGAGGUCGCUAGAUUGAGAAGGCUUCUUGCUGAGAAACGGUGA